AUGGUAGUACCUGCGAGAGGAUUGGAUCCGAUUACGUCCACUAUGCAUUACCCCCAUCAUCAAGAAGACGCAAAUGCUUUCAGAGUAUCCAACGAUUUUUACGAAUUUUCUAAAUGCUCUGAGAAUCUACGAUACAGGACACCAUCGAAGCCUGUAUUCGAUAUUCCACUCGAAACAACGUCUACAGAAAAUCCGUUAAAAUUGAGUAAGUUUUUCUGCAACUGCCGAUAUUUAUGGCUACGAGAGCUACAUGGUCUCAGCACGACAAUGAUGCAUCAAAGAUCCAUUUUUCAGGUGAAAGAGAUGAAUUUCCCCGCCUUAGUGUUUUGCCCGAAAAAUGCCGAUGGACUGCAGUACGAUAGCCUUUAUGAAGAUUUUGUGGCGAACGUUGGAUAUGCGGACAAUAAUACUGCAGACGAAGUCAUACAGUAUAUCAUAGCAGGCAGUGGAUUCGAUAACGUGGAUGUGACGCGGUGGUCUGACGAGGACAAAAUGGAGCUGAACAAUCUGUACAACACUUGGAGAGCAAAUCGAACUGUUCUGGAGAUGUUCGACUUUAUAUUCAAUCAAAACGGCUAUCGGUGUGACGAGUUCUUCGAUUCAUGUUGGGCAGGAUCGCAAAUAUUGAAUUGCUGUGAAAUAUUCAAACCCGUCUACGUCAUGUUGCGAGGGAGAUGCUUUCGACUAGUAGACGACUACAAGCAGAAAGAUGUCGACGAAAAUGCCAAAAUAUCUAUACAACUGAAUAAUGUGCAAACAGGAAGCUUAACAGGGAGAAAGAACAGGAUCCAAGUUGUUCUGUACAUUGGCGAUGCUUAUCAGGAGGUGGGUAUUUACCCAAGAGUCUAUUUGAACUAUCAUGAUUGGAAUCGCUUACGAUUUGUCCAAAGACGAUUGUCGAUGCUACCCAAUAACCCACAGUGCUCAUUAGCUCCUCUGAAUCAAGGCAAGUCUACCUGCUUCGUGUAUAACUGGUUAAUGAGAGUUGUGGUAAACCCGCUGAACUGUACGGUACCGUACUUCAAAGGGAUGUUGCCGUAUGUGGACGACGUGCCUUCGUGUGAACCACUUCUUCUGGUCAAUAACUACGCCAAUAUCACUUCGACGAUUCUGGAGAAUUAUCAUGUGGGUGUCUCAUAUAAUUUUCAGUGUCUCCCUGCAUGUGAACGUAUCGAGAACCACAUGCAGAUGACCACCAGCCCUGACUACAGCCGUCAAUUCAGUUAUUCGUUUCGAGUGGAAGCCUCUUUUACUGACUUGCAGUACGAGAGCUAUUCCGAGAUACGUCUAACAUCUCCUGCUGGAUUCAUUUCGGAGCUCGGUGGUCAAAGUGGCCUAUUCGUCGGGUGUUCAGUGAUGAGCUUCGUACAACUCAUCCUCUCAGUUCUAAGCCUUUUUGUUAUUUUUGCUCGUAAAAUCUAUGUGCGGUAUUUUUCACUGGCUCUUAAUGUUAAAGUAAUUCCUGCAGAUGAUAUAGUAGAAAAUGUUCCUAUUAAGAAAUAG